AAUGCGCUCCGAUAAAGGAGGGAGAGAGAUGAGGAAGAUGGAGAAUCAAAGACAAAUACAAAAACAAAACCUUCCUUAUCCUCCUAAAUUCUCCCUCUUUUCUCCUAUUGGAUUUUCCAUCUUCUCUCCCUCCGGAAAAUCCCGCCGUUUCUAGCAUUUUCCUCUCUGUUUUCUUCCCGGGAAACAGAAGGAAAAUUUCAUCUUUUUUUUUUCCGGAAGGAGAGAUCUUUGUGAAUAGGUAGCUGCACCAAUCAUAGCUUUCGUGUCGAGUUCAAUUAGAGAAUGAAACAAAGGUUCUUGCUUUUUAUUAGAUUCAGAAGCUAGGGUUUUUGGAAACGUACUAGAAUCUUAGCAUUUUGAGAUUGGAGUUUGGGUAACUCAUGGAUUCUGAAUUGAGAUUUCCUACAAGAGAUGUGGUGAAAUGCUGCGAUUUUGGUUGUGAUUAUUCUCUUGGGGCAUGUUCUUCAGAUCCUUGGACUAGAACGGUGAAAAGAAAGUUCAACGAAUUCAAAGAAGGGAACAUGUUGUUGUUACGAGGCUCUUCUGAUUCAUCUUCAAACGCAAAGUUACUAGUUGAGAAUGAAUGUGCUGCUUUACUCGAGGCUCUGUCUAGCCAAAGAGAAACAGUGAACGGUCUUCACUUGGAGCUUGAAGAAGAGAGAAACGCUGCUGCAUCAGCAGCGAAUGAGACAAUGUCGAUGAUACUUAGGUUGCAGAGAGAAAAGGCUGAGAUACAGAUGGAAGCUCGGCAAUUCAAAUCGUUUGCUGUGGAGAAAAUGACGCAUGACCAAGAAAAGCUCACGGCUUUGGAGGAGUUGUUGUAUGAGAAAGAGCAAGCUAUCGAGGCCUUGUCUUAUGAGGUCGAAGCUUACAAACAUAGAUUGUUGAGCUAUGGGGUAACCGAAGCAGAGAUGCAUGAUCAGAUACUUGGUUUUGGCAGAGACUCUAGCACGGUCGGUAUUGAUGUUUACCCGUGUGAAGUCACUUCUUUGAAAUGUAGUGUAGAUGAGAACCGGAGCGUACCAGAUGGUAAUAUUGAUGUGAUCGCUGCACAGUCUCCAAGAUGGCCAUAUUAUGAUCCAAAUUCGCCUCUAGGAACUGCAAAAGAAAUAAAGGGGACAGUUUUCACAGACUCUCCUAUGUCCACUAGUAGCGACAGAGUUUACACUAUAGACUCAAUUCAUGUGGGAGUUUCUGAAGUUAAGAUUGACGACGAGCCUAGCAAGAUGAGUAAAGGAAAGUUGAACGGUGAUCAAUGGAAUUCUCCGAGGUACCAAGAACCGUUCCCGACUCAGCAAGGAGUUAAUGAGCCAGAUAUUGAGAAGCUUUACACAAGGCUUCAAGCACUUGAGGCUGACAGAGAAUCAUUGAGACAGAUCAUUGUAUCUAUGAGGACAGACAAAGCUCAGUUGGUGUUACUGAAAGAAAUCGCACAGCAUUUAUCAAAAGAAACUGUCUCAACAAACAGGCGAGACCCAGUUAGCAAAAUGCCAUCUUUUAAAGCAUUCUCUGUAGUAACUGUCUUCAAGUGGAUUGUGUCUUUUGUUUCUUGGAAAAGGAAAGCCAAUCCAAACAAGUAUGUCUACGACUUGUCAGCAAAUAAUAUGGGGAUGCUUAUGAUUCUAGGCGAGGGAUCUCGAACUAGGAGAUGGAGUUGUUUAACAAGUUCACAUGUCUAGAUAUCCAUUUAUUUCUUCUUGGCAUAGUUAGUGCAAAAUGAAUGUACAUUUACCUUUAUUGCAAGACAUCCAAUCAAACAUGAACGGAUGAUUCAUCUUCUGGUUGAA